AAGUUCAAAGGGCAAAGUUCAACGUGCAAAGUAGUGCGCGGCUGUGGGUGGGGUGCGUACCGUACCUCCACGUCCAAAGUCUCUAUCCUGAAUGUGUACGUUAGUGUUCUAUUAGACGUUUGGACGUGACAUCAUGGCGACAGACAAGUAUCUGACAGCCAGUCAGAAAGCCGUGGACUGUCUUCUAAAUACGAUCUGUCAACCCGACUUCAGGAAGGAACACAAGGAUCUGUCCUUCUAUUUCAAGUCAGUGACCUCCCUGUUGCUGGGUGGGAAGGUAAGAGAGGCAAACAUUAUCCUGGACCACAUCAAAGACACGUGCACGAAAGAUGGCGACUAUAUCUCACCUGGUGCGGAGGUCGGACAGAAGAGUGCCAACGGAGCGUACAACGAGUUUUGGGCGUAUGCCAACGGUUGGAUUGCGAUGGGGGCGAUACGGCUGCAGAGGUUUGACGUUGCAUAUCCUGCGUACGCGUACAUCCAGGAGCAGUUCUUCCACCCAGCGCUAGGUGGCGCUACUGUCAAACCUUACUCUAAGACAGAGCCAAACAUUGUCGAGGUCCUUUCAACCUCCCAUCUGGGCAUGGUUUUCAUGACCUUUGGUGACCUUGAGAAGGCUCGGAGGUGCGGCGAACUCCUCAUGGUGUUUACCAAGUCCAACAAGGAGGAUCCCAACACCUUCUAUCUGCGGAUGGAUGACAAUCAGAAACUGGUAAAAGACUUCCCCACUGAGGCAGCAGCCAUUUGUGCAGUGAAGGCAACUGAGCCUAACCAGCUCUACUUCUUCCUUGGUUACCCUGUUGCUUUCCUGGUGAAACUUGCCGCUGCCACUGGUAACCAGUCCUUUAGGUAGGCAUUUCUGAAAUUACAU